UGAUUAUUCAUUCUUGUUUUGGAAAGGAAGCUUAGAGAUUUCCUUGUAGGAAACUUAUUGCCAAGCCCUUUAGAUCAGAUCAACUGCCUAUUUUAGAUCGAAAAUUCCACUCUUGCAGCAGACUUUUAAAAGCCUAAUUGGUAGCUAGGAAAAGAAGACUGUAUAUCCGACAUGCUCCUCUACGUCCUCAUGCAAACUAAUGGACUUAAGGAUCUCCAUUUGUUAAUAUGACCAUAUUGCCUGCAUACAUGUAACUACCGGCCGAUGGUAUGUAAUUUAGUAAUGCUCAUCAUUUUUAAGUAUAUAGUAUAUUUGUGUUGUGUUACAUAUCUAUAAGAUGCUAUCCAUUAUAAAUGUAUUUGUGGAUUGAAGACAUCUGCUCUUCAAUUGAAUUAGAUAAUUGGGUUUCAAUCCUUUCUAUCUGGACAUUGGUCUUUUUACUAAAGGGAAGCACUACAAUGCAUUUGUGAUUUUCCACAAUUACACGUAUCAUUAAAAUGCAUGUUAUUGUGAAGCUCUCUUUUCAAGAUUAAGCAUGCUUAUGAAAUUGAUGUCUCGAGUGGUCUCGAUGGUUUCAAGUAUUGUCAUAGCCAAUAUCAGAUAUCUAAAUAGUAGGUAGAGAAAAAUACUUAAAAAGUGAUUAGUCCAAUUUUAUGUCAUAAAAGAAGACACAACAAAGAAAAAGGCUUAUUAUGAUUUUACCAAAGUCAGUGAAAAACAAAUCUACUCUAGCUAUUAAGAUGCGUGACCUGGCAGUUGAUCAUACAUGUCACGGGUGGGACAAAGGCAAAAAUAAAGAGGCUCUCUCUUUCAAUGACACACAUGAGGCAAAACAAACCAAGACUGAAACUUUUGCGCCAAACAAUGGGGUGAGGGAGGACGGAUAUCUAGGCAAUAAGGAAUUAUAUAGCCCCACGUCUUUUCAUUUGUUAUGGUUAUCGAAAUUUUAUGUAAACAAGCUUAUGAACAUGAAGAAGAGGAUUGAAUUUUAGAAGCAAAGGAUCAACAAGAAGACAAAAAACUAAGAGAAAUUAUAGAAGCUAGCUAGAACCUUGAAAGGGAGAAAAAGUUGUUAAAAGAGUAGGAAAUAAGUUUGCAAAACAGUGCAGAGAGAGGGCAGCAAGAGUUAAACAAGGUAAAACAAGAAACAAAACAAACAAGAGCAGCAGAGAAAGGCAGCUUAGAGUCAAUGAAAAUAGAUACUCUGCCAUAGUUGGAGGAGUUUCAAUCGAUAGUGGAAGACACGACAGUAAGAGAAAACAAAUUAAAGGAGUAGUUAAACGAAGCCAAAUCUUGGGUUCAAGUGGUAAACGAAUUGACAAUUGGGCAAAAGGAAGUCAUAGAAAAUCAAAUCAAGAGACAAAUGGGAGAAGAAAAAGAUAAACAAGAAAAAGAGGUAAAUAUCAUCAUCAAAGGUUUGAAGGAUUUUGGAGAGAGAGAGAAUGAAUAUUCUAGCAAGGGAUUUUUUCAAGAAAAAGCUAAAGUGGACAGGCUAUAUUCAACAAGCGAAUGUAAUUGGAAAGAAAAUAGGAGAAGGGAUAGACAUGUGUAAGUAACUUUAGAAAACUUGGAGGACAAGUCUAUAAUCCUAUAUGUUCAGGUACUCUUAUUCUAGACCUCAUAGAUUUUUGAAAAGCCUUAAAGUAACCCCAUACCUUAUCAUCUCUAAGACUUCCCAAUGCAACAAUUGAUUGCUUAAGUUGUCUUCCUACUGGGAUGUCAAAAGCCCAUUGCUUCCUUCCAGAACCGGGAAUAUCAUUUAAAAAGUAUAACAUUAAGCAGACCAAUAGAUUUCCAUACUGGAAGGUGCCCUUCUUCUCACCUUUAAUCUUCCCUAAAUUGAUCAAUAACUCCUCGAGCAUCCAGUCACAAAGAUCUAACUUGAUAUUUUCUCUCAUCAUCCUAUAUGCGGCCAAAAUACAUGAACUUGAAACUGAAUUCAGUCGGUUAGACUGAGUUACCUUGUAGCUUAUAACCAUGCUUCCAAAUUUGAUGUCGGUGUCAGUGAUAGUGCUCACUUUCAUCGAUCUCGUCUGAUGUAGCGUCGGUGAUCUUCCUCAUGAAGUCAUUUGAUACUUUCUUAUUCGGAUGUGGCCCUGUCGAUGACAAGCCAUUAAUUGCCCAAAUGGCUUCCUUAGUGAUUUUGUAGGGUCGGUCCAGCCAUAUGAAUUCCCCAUGUACUCUGCUCAGUACAUAUCUGACUAUCUCAUCCUCGAACUCCAGAAUAUCUAGAAUACUAGUGAACCCUAGAUCUUCGAUGUGUUGAUAUGUUGGUUUGAUCUUACUAGAUUCUCCCAUGAGUUCAUUCAUAUGCAUCCCCUUGAUCUCCGAAGUGCCUAAGUCCUCUAUAUGACAAUGAAUAUAGGCCCUAACAUCUUCCACAUAUACCACUCCCUUCGGAACGCGAGAGAACGCUCCAACCGAAUCUUCCUUGGUAGCCACAUGUGGAUACCGUUUGAAAAUUGGCCUAGGGCGGUCCUUAACCUCUACUAUAGUUGGAUUUGCAAUGAAAAUAGGAACAAAAAAUGAUCCUGAUUCCAUGAUUCAAGAAAAAUACCUUUAGAAUACUUCUGGUGAAAACCUCUAACAAAUCCUUCCAAAUGUCAAUGUGAUCACUCAAGAAGAAAUCUGAUCGCCUCUGAAUAGCUUCUAAUUGCAUUAAGUUGCUAUGAAUCACUCUGAAUGCUGGGUGAUUAACAAUGAAGUGUAAUUAACCUUUUAUCCAUCGAGAAAACCCUAAUUUUUUGUUGACAUAAAUGACUAUCGGUGAAUGAUACCGGAUCUCACUUUGAAUAUAUCAAUGCCGGAUAAUCCUCUCCAAUAUCUGGAACAUCUUCAAGAAUAUCUUCCAGGGGCAUAUGCAUCAUCUUCCAUGAAAUUUUCCUACCCCUAAGGCAUCUACCUUAGUUACUAGAUGAGCUCACUGUCGGUGCAGGAGCAACCUCUUCUGCCAGAUAGGUAACCGAGACAUUCCCAUCUGAUGAUUGCUCUUUAGUCUUCCUUACCCAUCUCUAAGUAUGAUUUUGUCGGAUUUCACUAACCAUCUCUUUGCCUCUAUCAUUUGAUCCUCCAUUGCCAAUUGAUGGAUUUCUGCUUCUACAUAACUUAGCAAUAUGUCCAACUUCAUUGCAUGCAUAACAUGUAACAUUGUUCUUUUGAAUUGUCUUGCUAAAACCGAUGAAAUUGCUUGACCUGCACUGAUUAGCCAUAUGUCCAAAUUUUCCACAAGCAUAGCACUUUACAGUCAUUUUGCAAUCUUAUGUCUUAUGACCAAUUCUAUUGCAUUUAGAACAUUUAUCAAGAGCAAAAUCAAGGUUCCGAUUUGCUCUGUUUCUACAUUGCCUAGCCAUGUGUCCAAAUCUAUUGCAAACAAAACAUCUACCAUUGAAUUUAUAAGCAUUGAAUUGUCUUACCAGUGCCUUAUGGUUUUGAUCUUCAUUAGCAGUACCAGAACUCUGUCUUUGCUCAAAUCCAAGUCCACUGGAAUCUCCAAUCGCCUUUGUCUCUUCAGUAACUCAUCAAGUUGUGUUAUACCAGAAUAAUAGAUUUUAGCUUUAACAAAACAUUCAUUCACCAACCAGUAUAUUUAUAUAAACAGAAUUGAAAGAAGUAAUACAACCAAUAAGCUAAACACAUAAAUGAGAACCAUAACACACAAAUUUAUACGUGGAAAACCUCAAAGAGAAAAAACCACUGUGAGAUUUGUGACCCACAAUAUCAAUUCACUGGCCAUAUGAAGAGAUAUUACAAUAUAUGAUGGGUCUGCACUUGCAGGAAGACUUACAACCUAGAGCACACUGCUCAUCACAAUAGGAGCCUCGCCGACUACAUAAAAAUCCAGACAACAAUCCGGAGAAGUAUGAACUACUUAAUAUAGCAUCUCCUAUGCCAGAAUACAGUUUCGGCUUAAGCUUUGUCUAUUUCGGUUAAAACCCUAAACCUCAGUACUGGAAUAACCCUUACAAUGAAUUCCUCACAUACAUAAUCUCUCUGAUAUAUUUCGCAUUACAUCACAUCCAUAUCUCCAUCCUAUCAUUCAUUAUUAUCCUUAUUACAAAAUGAUCUAAUCAAUCUCCCAUAUAUACCCUAAACAAAUUUAUGCCUUACGUCGGCUUACAAAGAUAUAUACAAUAUCAUAUUUACAUGUCGGUCAUAUAACAUAAAUGAAUAAGCAUUAAAACAAUUUGUUGAUGCCAGAUCCAAGAUGUGUCAACCUCCAAUACCGAUGACCUUUACUAUACCAUGUCGGCUUGCAUUACUGGUGACCAAAGAAAUCUUCUACCCUGCCGGUGUCGGUGUAGAGUCUUGUGAAGUACCUGUCGGUACACCAUAUGAAGUUGGAACCCAAAUUCAUGUCGCCAUCAAUGACAACAUAGUGAAACCAACUAAUAGUGUCAAUUUCCAACAUGCUAGUAUAUGACACAUUUAGAGAAGAACAAAAAGUACGAGCGUCCCCCCAUGAUUCCAAAGAGGGAGUAGAAGGACCUGAUUUUGGAUGCAAAGGAGAGAGUUGAAAGGAAAAAAGGAAAUACACAACCAGGAAGAAGAAGGUAUGUGAUACUAUUAAGAAUGUAAUUAUGUACUAAUUAUUCUGUAUAUUUAUAUAAUUUAACAUAUUUCAAACUUUUCAUAAAUUGCUCGACACAUCAAAGGCAACUAAGACAAGACUAGAAAAGCACAGGCAACACAAACUUGGCUCUGGUGGUUAUAUGAAAGUUGCCACACGAAUUGUAAGUAUCAAUAAAUGAUAUAUCGCAUCGAAAUAAUAAAUUGCAAACAAUUUUUUUAAUCAUUAAUAAUACAAGCAAAAUUCAUGAUAUUAAGCAAAAAAUGCAUGGCUCUGAAUUCAAUAGAGUGCCCACAGAAGAUGACAUGAAAAUUGUCUUCUAGGAGGGCUAUAGAGUCGUGGCUAAACGUCUAAAAAGAUUGAGUGGGCAAACAUAAGAAUCUAGUGCAUCCGUCAAUCAUGUAAAUAAGCUAAAUGAAAAUUAUUUAAAAUUGAAUACUUGAGCUAUAAUCUAUUCGAUGUUAAUUUCCAACAUAAUGUGACUAUAUUUGUUUUAAAUAAUCAAGCAAUCAUAACAAUGCACAUGACAUUGGAAUGCAACCUGCACAGGGUGGAACACAACUUGCACAUGAUGAAGGUCGUGGUGUGCAUCCCGGUACUGGAGAGCAUGUAGACUGUGGUGAGAAAGUUGAGCAUGGUCCAGGUAGACAAUAUCAGGAACAUGAUGGGGCCCCACCAGAGCAUGUAGACCGUGGUGAGCAAGUUGAGCAUGAUCAAGGUAGACAACAUCAGAAAUGUGAUGGGGCCCCACCAGAGGAUUUAGAGGGUGUUCAGGAUGUUGAGGAUGCGGCUAGACAAAAUAAUCAGGAAGAUGAUGUGGCCUUAUCAAACCCCCCUUUGCAUACGCGUCCUCAACGUGAGUACAAGACUAGGCAUACAUUAACUAGAUCAUGAGCAAAGGACAAAAGAACUGAAGAGGGGACAAAUGAUGAAGACAACGAUCAUCCACUUAGUCUUUACCUCCAAGCUUCAAAAAGAAAGAAAAAAUAAUGAUUUAAUCUUAUUAUAUGUUAACAACUGGAUUUUAUGUGUUAAUGAAUUUAAUUAUUUGUUAAUAAAUGAUAUGUGUUGAUGAA